UGCGCUCAGUACUCUCUGGAAUAAUUAACCUCCACCCAACAGUAUAAAUACUGCAAGCGGGAGGUGGCAGAAGCAGAGCUGAGAAAGCAGAGAGCUCAUCGCACCCCGAAGCUUCGUACUGCAUACACCCACCCAAAGCUGUCCAUGGAGAAGUCCCUCCGAUUUGUCCUGCUCGGCAUUGCAGUUUCCCUGCUACUCUCUUGCCAGCCCACCCAUGCGUGGUACAAGCAGGCAACCGGACCCAGUUACUAUUCUGUGGGUCGAGCCUCAGGACUGCUGUCCGGCAUCCGCAGGUCCCCCUACAUUCGCCGAUCAGAGACAGAAAGUGCUACAGAUAGCGGUGAGACCAUCAGCAGCAACUUCAUAUCUGAGCUGGGAGGCAGCCAACAGCCACGACAGACCUCCAUCCUCAAGAACAUGGCUGUUUGUGUGAGGGACAUCUCUCCAAAUCUGCAAAGCUGUGAACUACUUCAGGAUGGACUCAACACCUUCCAGUGUAAAGCAGAUGUGUACUUGUCCCUGGAUUCAUCAGACUGUGGAACCAGCAGUGCCUGACAGAAUGUUCUCCACUUAUGAACCAUUCCUUUUCAAUGGCAGGAGGAAAAAGCAAAUUUAAAUCAAAACUAUAUCAAAAACUGGCUCUGAAUGUUUCUCAUGUAUACCACUAAUGAAGAUCAAUGACCCCAGCAUGCCAGGAGGGAGGGAAUAGGGAAUGGCCUUCCAUAACUGGAUGAAUCAGAUUCUGUGUUGGGAUAAAUGUCUGUCCCACUGCCACUACCACCACCAUAUUGUAGAUACCAAAUAUAACCAAGUUUACUGCUGAGCAGGCUUGCUAAGUUGGAAAGAUUUUUUAUUUGUAAAAAUAAUGGCAUAUACUGUGACUUUUAUCUCUGUGUACAUUUGUUUGUAUGUGCUAUAUAAAGAGAUUUAUGUACAAGCAGCA